AUGAGUGUGAAAGCUUUCAAGCUCGUUUCCGCUGUUGAGCGAGAGAUGUUAAUGGGAGACAAAAAUUACAUCAACAUCGAAUGCAUUGAGUGUUGCGGAAAGAACCUCUAUAUUGGAACCAAUGACUGCUUCAUCUAUCACUUUCUGUUGGAUGAAAAGAUAUCAACAGCUGGAAAAAUAACUUUUGCUGCCACCAAGCAACUGCAUAAAUACCUGGGCUUGAAGAAGCCCGUGAGCGAGUUGAAAGCAGCCUCUGCCCUCACCAGGCUUCUUGUGCUUUGCGACAACACGAUAACACUAGUUAACAUGAUGAACUUGGAACCUGUCCCCACUGGUGCUAGAAUCAAAGGAGCUGUGACGUUCGCAUUAAAUGAGAACCCUGUGAGCGGGGAUCCUUUCUGUGUCGAAGUCUGCAUUAUCUCCGUCAAGCGGCGGACCAUUCAAAUGUUCAUGGUGUUUGAAGACAGAGUCCAGAUAGUGAAGGAAGUGUUUACUCCAGAGCAACCCUCUGCUGUGGCUGUGGAUGGUUAUUACUUAUGUCUUGCACUUACUACACAGUAUAUAAUUUUGAAUUAUAACACUGGUGUCUCCCAGGAUCUGUUUCCUUACUGCAGUGACGAGAAACGGCCAAUUGUGAAAAGGAUAGGCAGACAGGAGUUUCUGUUGGCUGGUCCUGGAGGCCUAGGCAUGUUUGCAACCGUGGAUGGCAUUUCGCAGCGUGCCCCUGUGCACUGGUCAGAGAACGUGAUUGGAGCAGCUCUGUGCUUUCUCAUUACAGUGCACAGCAUGCUGGACCAGCAGCAGAAGCAAACACUGCCUUUUAAAGAAGGUCACAUUCUACAGGACUUCGAAGGAAAGGUGAUUGUUGCUACUAAUAAGGGUGUGUAUAUCUUGGUGCCGCUACCUUUGGAAAAACAGAUUCAGGAUCUUCUAGCUAGCCACAGAGUGGAAGAAGCCCUUGUUCUAGCAAAAGGAGCUCGAAGGAAUAUUCCAAAAGAGAAAUUUCAG